AUGGGUCGAAGACCUGGUGGCACGACGAAAUCCGGUCGUUUUAUGAAUCCGGCUGAUCAAGAACGUAAAAGCAUGAGGCAAAAAGAAUUGAAACGAAAUAAGCGACAGCGAAUAAUGGUGCGCCAAGCCAUUUUGAAAAGUAAGGAUAUCGACGAAAUCAUUGAAAAUCUGUCACGUUUGGAUGAUCAAGAACUGGACAUUCAUGUCGAGCAUCACAGCAAAUACGUUUUUAAUGAGAAAAGGGCAAAAUAUAAGCAGACUUACAGUGAAGUGAUGAAUCUUUAUAGGCAGGAAAAAAGGGAUGAUAAAAUUAAAGAAUUGGAGCAAAAAAUGGAGCGCUAUGAAGCAGAACGAUCACGCAAAGUGCAGCAAUAUAACGCUCUUCGUUUCUCAUUGGAGACAAAUCCAAUGGAAAUACCUCUUCCCGAUGGAACUUCUGCUCCCAAUGCAGCAAUGACACCAUCUGCCACUAGUAUUCCGUCACAAUACCUCAUGCCCCAAGCACGUGCUGGAAUACUCAAAAAUAGUCGAAAUGUUGUGCGAGAAGGUCCUGAAAGAACCGAUCCACCAGGCCCACCUUGUGGGAUCCCACCAUCAUUUUUUGAUGAAGAUGUCGACGAUAAUGAUGAUGUUGAUGAGAAUCUUAUUGGUAGAAGACGAGUAAGGUUCAGCGAUAAUUUCGCGAAAGUUGUCGAAAGUGAUGAUAUAGCGGAUGACGACUAUGGGCCUGUCGAAAUUCCUCCGGAGGUGAUGCAGCAGGAUAACACUGAAAGUGAAAGGACAAGAACAGCACCAGUACUGGCCCCACAAAUCUCUACCCAGUCUUUAAUCCGUGCUCCUCCUAUUCCGCCGAAUAUGUUGCCCCCUCCACCUCGAUUACCUCUUCGUAUGCCUCCCCCACCUCCUCAUUUUGCUCGACCGGGAAUACCUCCUAUUUUCAUGCGACCUCCUGCUGGUGAUUCUGUUAUUUCUGCUGAACCUGUUGUGCGGCGUCCUGUUGAUCAACCGACAACUACAUCAGUCUCCAAGAAUAAUGGCGAAGCCACAAUAUCUGCUGAACCCAAACUACGCGAUCUCACAAAAGAAUUAACUAAAUUAGUGCCGACAUCACUUCGCGUCAAUCGUAAUAAAAUACAACCAAAGCGUUUUCCUAAUAAGUAUAACAUGAUGGGAGUACAAGUAGAAUCAGCUCAACGAAAAGAAGCAAAAGAUACCGACCAAGCAUACGCAGAUUUUAUGAAAGAAAUUUCAUCUCUUCUUUAA